GAAGUAAAUUUUGGCAGCAGUGAGUGCUUGAAAGCUGAAGAAAUAAAAAUGGAUUUGAGAGGGAUAGAAAAGAUAGUGAAAGAGACAGAGGGUAGUAUUACUGAGAAAAAAGAAACUCUUGUUUCCAUCCUCAGCAAUCGUACAGAUGAUGUGGAUGAACAUGGCACCCCAGAUUCAUCAGCUUCCAUUGAUUCUGGCACUGCCCUUCAGCUGUUUCUUGAUCACAUCCCUGUUUCUUCAGUUACUGCCAUCCCCAACCCUCCUGUGUUGAAAUUAACAACUCAAGAUUCCUUGCGUUAUGCGAUUAGAACUAUGCACGAUAAUGAUGUAUUUGCUGCUCCUAUCACGGACACCGUAGAGUUUGAUCCAGACAACAUUAACCACUCUGAUCCAUAUGUUGGUAUUAUUGAUUUGGCUAGCAUGCUUCUGUGGUUUCUAAAGGAAUGUGAAGAUUACUUUAGGAAUAAAAGAGAUGAUGACAUGAGAUAUGAAUUCACCAGUGGGAUUUUCUCCAUGCUAGAACAAGUUGAUCACAUUGCCGAAACUAAGAUUGGUGAGCUAGCAAAGUCAUGUCUGUGGGAACCUUUCUUCCCAAUCAAUUCACAUGACACGCUCUUUCAUGUUCUGUUGCUGCUCUCAAAACAUCAGCUUCACCUUGUUCCUAUUGUGAAAGGACACAAAUCUAAUAUAACUGGCUUUAUUACCGAGAGCGCAGUUGUUGACUUGCUUCUCCAAUCAAGUGGGCUAGAGUGGUUUGAUAACAUAGCAGAUAAAGCUAUGUUAGAUUUCAGGUUUGACAAGCAGGCUGCUACUGUUUAUGAAGACCAAAGUGUCGGGGAGGCAAUGAACAUGCUGUGGGUAAACCGGAUAUGUGCAGUUGCAGUCGUGCAGCGACAGACUGAAAGUAUCAUAGGUUGCGUGAGGACCAGCGACGUGUAUCAUCUUCUAGACUACGAAGACAUAUUCAACAAUAGAAAGACGGUGACCAUGGAUCACUUCAUCCAACUGGAAACCUCUACAGCAGAUUCUGAUCCAACUGUUGACCAGAAAAUAGUUGCUACAAGCCCUGCUUUAGACUCUGAUGAAACCGUUGAUCGUGAUCUUGAUGCUUUAACAGCUACAACAGAAUCCAGUCCAACCUCCACACAGAGUCUCUCUUUGAGAAAGAAGCUUCUUCCAAGAAUGAACAAGCCUGCUAUAUUCCGAACGACUGACAGUCUUAAGCAAGCAAUGGAAACAUUAGCACGUAGAAAAACCAACGUCUGUUUUCUAGUCAAUGAUGUGCAACAAGUGACCGGAAUGCUGACGUUGAGCGAUAUAAUCAGCCAGUUUGCUCCACCUUGUAUGGAUUCAAGAAUCACCGGAGGAAGAUUCUUUGACGAUGCACUUGAACAAAGUGGCUGUGAUGUCAAAGAUAGAACCUUAAUCUUUGACAGCAAUCGCUAGAAUAUGUGUGCAUAAAUGUAAUGAGUUAUUGUACUUAGCAGAACAAAAGAAUAAAUAAAUUGCUGCAAUACAUUUUCUUCUUUCAAAGCAGCUGUGGUGUAAGUUUUUUGAACUAGUUUUACCUUUCAAGGUGGCUUCCUAUUUUGUGUGAUAA